UAAGUUUCGAAUUUAUAUUUUUAAGCGCCUUAUAUUUUAAGCGCCAAAAGGGUGUAGAUCUCAAAUUCCAAAAUAUUAGAGAGACCAAAGUGCAAUUUGUCUAAAGUCCGAACAAAGUACUGUGCAACUUCUUCAUCUAUGGAAGAAGACGAUAAUCUCCCGGCGGCGGAUUCCGCUCUCCAACGGAAGCAUGCGGCGAUGAUCGAGCGCCUUUCGAACUCACACCAAUCCCGUUUGGCUCGCAAACCUAAUUCGGAAUCGAACUCUACGUUCAUCUCCACAAGUUCCUUUCUUUCUCGUUUCUCCGAAUCCAAAAACUCCAUUGAAUCCACACUCUCUCGCAUCCGUCAAACGCCUGAUCCGCAUACCAAUCCGACUCUUAAAUCCGAACUCGACAACGUCUCAAUAUCCAUCGCAGAUCUCGAAAAACUCGUCGCUGAAAACUCCUUUUCCCUACCAUCCUACGAAGUCCGUACAUGCCUCAAAACUAUAACCGAUCUAAAACAAUUAGUCGAACAUGUUACGAGCGAAGUAAUCCCAAGGAAGAAAUUCUCUUUCAAAAACAAAUCAACGAAGAAAAUCACAACGCAGAACGACACCGUAUCAGAAGUUCCAAAUGUGGAAUCAAAGGAUUCAGUGUUAAGGGUUUUGGAUUCACCAGGGUUUAGGGGCAAAGAAAAUGAGGUAUUAGUUAAGGAAUUCGGUAGGGGUAAUGAUGAAGAGAUUAGGGAAUUUGUUUUAUCAGAAUUAAAGGGUUGUGAUGUGAGAUUAAUGGGGAGUGUGAGGGCAUUGUUUGUGCAUAAACUGAUUGAUUGUAAGGUAUACGUUGGACCUGUUUUUGGGUCUGUGUUGAUUGAAGAAGUGACAAACUGUGUGUUCGUUAUGGCAUCACAUCAGAUUCGGAUUCAUCAAGCUAAAAGAUGUGAUUUUUAUCUUCGAGUGAGGAGUAGACCGAUAAUCGAGGAUAGUGAUGGUGUAAGGUUUGCACCGUAUUGCUUAAAGUAUGAAGGGAUUGAGAAGGAUCUUGAGGAAGCUAAUCUUGGUGAGGAGACUGGGAAUUGGUCGAAUGUAGAUGAUUUUAAGUGGUUAAGAGCUGUGCAGUCUCCAAAUUGGUCAAUUUUGCCGGAAAAUGAGCGCGUUGGCACAGUUGAUAUUUCAAGUUGAGAACCAAAAAUUUGAAUCUUUUGUCGCGAGGAACGCAGAACUAACAAAGUUAAGAGAAUAUGGUCUGGGGGCUUGAUAAAUCUUUAAAAAGCCGCUAGCAUAGUUGCUGGGCACUGUCUAAUGAAGAAGCUGUGGGAAUUGCUAUUGAUGAUUCAGUUUAUCUGUAAUGAGUAACGACUUCAGCUAAAUUUGAUCACUUUAAGUAUUUCGAUGAGUUGGGUAAUAGAGCUCUGCUCUUUAUAUAUUCGUGAGUCCUGUAGUAUGCUAAAUACUAGUCUUGGCUCUCUUCUUGAUGGCUAUAUUCAAAGAACUAUCUCAAGUUCUAACCAUUCAACGAUGAUCCUAUCGCGUUUUUCUUGAACAUGUCAAUAUUCCUUAUUAGGACUGGAAUGUAGCAUCGUUGGGAGGCUCACUUGGUGCUUUCAGUGACAUGAUUCACGCUGAGGGACCUUCUUCUCUCUUUACAAGGGCCUAGUUCCCUCCAUCAGAGGCAUGGCACCUUCAGGCACAGUUGCUAUGUAGGGUAGGUAAUGGCUAGCGAUGGUGGUUGUAGAUGUCGGUCAGGAUAAUGUUGGCUAAUGGUGAGGUGUGUUAGUAGCUCGUGGUGAUGGUGAUGGUGAUGGUGAUUGAGAGUAGAGGUUGAUGCUAGUAGUUUGGUGAUGACGGUUGAUAGUUGUGAAAGAUGAUGGUAAUAGCUAACAAUGGUCGUGAUAUAACAUGGUGACUAAAGAGGGUGAUUCAUGGGUUAUUGUGGUAGCUUGUGAUAACGAUCGUAAAUGGUGGUUAGUGUUGGUGGAAAAACAAUUAUGAUAGUUAAAAUUGAAUUAUUAAAUGUAAAUAAAUGAGGCCUCGAAAGAAAAUACCUGUUCAGUUCAUUCAGCAAGUAAUUAAUGGACUGUAACAUGCAUGUUCAUCUAA